AUGCCCACCCUGCCAGCUUCUCUACCAGAGGUAGAUGUCCAAACAGCAUGUGAUUCGACACCGUCCGCACAAAUCCCAGCGAUCAGCGAAAAAGGUGGACUCGUAUUUCAAGCAGCCGCCGAUGCUACGCGUCUCCUCCGAGACUCGGGCUAUUCGUGCGCCAUUUUCGGCAGCGCUGCUUGUUAUCUCUACGGGAAUCGACGUCUACCCAAUGACGUUGAUAUCCUCGUCUCGUCCUCGGUAGAGGCGGAAGUCGCCAAGCGCUAUCUAGUCGACCAGGACCCUCUCCACUUUUACCUCAGAAGGGCUAAGACGCCCGGGGCGACUUACCAAGUCUUAUGGUAUCGGCAGCGUCUAGAUAUCGGGGAGAAAGUUGUGACCAAGCGUACCAAAGUCGACAUUGUCAUGGCUGGCACGAUGAUGCUGCCGUUCUUAUCAACGAGAUCAAUUAUCGUGAAGGAAGCCUUAACCCUCGUUCCCCUCGAGGUGCUUCUCCUGCACAAGCUCCAGGGAUGGCACGAUCACAUGACAGCGCCCGAGCCGCACAAGCAAAAAAAGCAGACCGUCGAUGUAAGGGACGUUCGACGUACCCUCAAGAUCGUUCUCCGGAGCGUGUCGGGAACUGAGAGAUCGUGGGCUCGUGUGGCGCUGAGUUUCUUCCAGGAGGAGUUCCAACGCCUUACAACGGAUAGGGUGAAGCUUUUCUGUUCUGCAUUUGCAGACUGUAGGGAUGAUUGGUAUCGGCUGGGAUUUGAAGUGGCGUAA